GAGAGGCUCGAGGCGGCUCCUGGCGUCGCCCAGAGGGAGCGAUUGAGCGUAGCCGAGUCCGACGCGGGCUGCGGCGGCAGACGGGCAGCGAGGGGGAGCCCGCUACGAGUGCCCUCGCUCCCCACUGCUCUCCGAUGAACGGGGAGCAAUAAUCCGCGCCUCUCGCAGAGGCUGCGCCUCCAUGAAUUCCUAGUUGUUUUUUUUUUUAUUAUUUUCUUUCUCUCCCCGCUCCUCACCCUCCCCCCCACCCCCGCCCGGCUCGCGUCCCGCCUUCUCCCUUAGCCGGCGACGACCGCGUCCAGGUGCGGAGUCCAGAGCAGAACGCAAUGGCGUCCAACCCCGAGCGGGGGGAGAUUCUGCUUACGGAGCUGCAGGGUUGUAGACACAAAAGAGGACUUGCAUGUUUUAUCUCCUGGGAAGUUCAGGAAUGGGGAAGGUUCAAGGAGGCCUCCUCUACCUUCAGAGAUGUGAGAGCAAACAAUAUGGACACUAGGGGAGAUUCCCGAAGUCUUCCAUUUUCUGAGAAUGUUAGUGCCGUUCAAAAAUUAGACUUUUCAGACACAAUGGUGCAACAGAAAUUGGAUGAUAUAAAGGAUCGAAUCAAGAGAGAAAUAAGGAAAGAGCUGAAAAUCAAAGAAGGAGCUGAAAAUUUGAGGAAAGUUACAACAGAUAAAAAAAGCUUGGCUUAUGUAGACAACAUUUUGAAAAAGUCCAAUAAAAAAUUAGAAGAACUGCAUCACAAGCUGCAGGAAUUAAAUGCACAUAUUGUUGUAUCAGAUUCAGAAGAUGUUACAGAUUGCCCAAGGACUCCAGAUACUCCAAAUAAUGACCCUCGUUGUUCUACUAGCAAUAAUAGAUUGAUGGCCUUACAAAAACAAUUGGAUAUAGAACUUAAAGUAAAGCAAGGUGCAGAGAACAUGAUACAGAUGUAUUCAAAUGGCUCUUCAAAGGAUCGGAAGCUCCAUGGUACAGCUCAGCAGCUGCUUCAGGACAGCAAGACAAAAAUAGAAGUCAUUAGAAUGCAGAUUCUUCAAGCAGUCCAGACCAAUGAAUUGGCUUUUGAUAAUGCAAAACCUGUGAUAAGCCCUCUUGAGCUUCGUAUGGAAGAAUUAAGGCAUCAUUUUAAGAUAGAGUUUGCAGUAGCAGAAGGUGCAAAGAAUGUGAUGAAAUUACUUGGCUCGGGAAAAGUGACAGACAGGAAAGCACUUUCAGAAGCUCAAGCAAGAUUUAAUGAAUCAAGUCAGAAAUUGGACCUUUUAAAGUAUUCUUUGGAGCAGAGAUUAAAUGAACUUCCCAAGAAUCAUCCCAAAAGCAGUAUUAUAAUUGAGGAGCUUUCACUUGUCGCAUCACCAACACUAAGUCCACGUCAAAGUAUGAUAUCUACGCAAAACCAAUACAGUACGCUAUCCAAACCAGCAGCGUUAACAGGUACUUUGGAAGUUCGUCUUAUGGGAUGCCAAGAUAUCCUAGAGAAUGUCCCUGGACGAUCAAAAGCUGCAUCAGUUGCACUACCUGGCUGGAGUCCAAGUGAAACCAGAUCCUCGUUCAUGAGCAGAACAAGUAAAAGUAAAAGUGGAAGUAGCCGAAAUCUCCUAAAAACUGAUGACUUGUCCAAUGACAUCUGUGCUUUUUUGAAGCUUGAUAAUACUGUGGUUGGUCAAACUAGCUGGAAACCCAUUUCAAAUCAGUCAUGGGACCAGAAGUUUACACUGGAACUAGACAGGUCACGUGAACUGGAAAUUUCAGUUUAUUGGCGUGAUUGGCGAUCUCUGUGUGCUGUAAAAUUUCUGAGGUUAGAAGAUUUUUUAGACAACCAGCGGCAUGGCAUGUGUCUCUAUUUGGAACCGCAGGGUACUUUAUUUGCAGAGGUUACUUUUUUUAAUCCAGUUAUUGAAAGAAGACCAAAACUUCAAAGACAAAAGAAAAUUUUCUCAAUACAACAAGGCAAAACAUUUCUCAGAGCUCCUCAAAUGAAUAUUAAUAUUGCCACUUGGGGAAGGCUGGUGAGAAGAGCUUUUCUAAAUCAUACUGGCACCUUCAGCCCUCCAGCUUCUGUGCCUGCGGCAGUGCCAGCAGUUGAUGUACGCAUCCCUGAACUAGCACCUCCAGCUAGUGAUCCUACAGUAACCAAAUUGGACUUUGAUUUUGAACCUGAACUUCCUCUGGCCCCACUACGUGCUUCUUCCCUUGGAGAAAUAGAUGAAUCUACUGAAUUAAGAGUUCUGGAUGAACCAAAUCAGGAUUCAGCAAGUACUUUUGAUAUUGAGAAUGACAGAAAUAGUAUACUUCAAAAAUCCCAGCCUGAAUAUGAGCUCGAUAUUCCUCAGUCAGGACUAGAUUAUAGUGAUAUUCGAGAACUUGAGGAUAGAAGAUCUCAGCAAAGGUUUCAGUUUAAUCUGCAAGACUUCAGAUGUUGUGCUGUCUUGGGUAGAGGACAUUUUGGAAAGGUGCUUUUGGCUGAAUAUAAACACACAAAUGAGAUGUUUGCUAUAAAAGCCCUAAAGAAAGGAGACAUUGUAGCUCGAGAUGAAGUAGACAGCCUCAUGUGUGAAAAAAGAAUCUUUGAAACUGUGAAUAGUGUAAGACAUCCCUUUUUGGUGAACCUUUUUGCAUGUUUCCAAACCAAAGAGCAUGUUUGCUUUGUAAUGGAAUAUGCUGCCGGUGGGGACCUAAUGAUGCACAUUCAUACUGAUGUCUUUUCUGAACCAAGAGCUGUAUUUUAUGCUGCAUGCGUAGUUCUUGGAUUGCAGUAUUUACAUGAACACAAAAUAGUUUAUAGAGAUUUGAAAUUGGAUAACUUAUUGCUGGAUACUGAGGGCUUUGUGAAAAUUGCUGAUUUUGGUCUUUGUAAAGAAGGAAUGGGAUAUGGGGAUAGAACAAGCACAUUUUGUGGCACUCCUGAAUUUCUUGCCCCGGAAGUAUUAACAGAAACAUCCUACACAAGAGCUGUAGAUUGGUGGGGACUUGGUGUACUCAUAUAUGAAAUGCUGGUUGGUGAGUCUCCCUUUCCUGGUGAUGAUGAAGAGGAGGUUUUUGACAGUAUUGUAAAUGAUGAAGUAAGGUAUCCAAGGUUCUUAUCUACAGAAGCCAUUUCCAUAAUGAGAAGGCUGUUAAGAAGAAAUCCUGAGCGGCGCCUUGGAGCCAGUGAGAAAGAUGCUGAAGAUGUAAAAAAGCACCCAUUUUUCCGGCUAAUUGAUUGGAAUGCUCUUAUGGACAAAAAAGUAAAGCCACCAUUCGUACCUACCAUUAGAGGGCGGGAAGAUGUUAGUAAUUUUGAUGAUGAAUUUACCUCAGAAGCACCUAUUCUGACUCCACCUCGGGAACCAAGGAUACUUUCAGAAGAGGAGCAAGAAAUGUUCAGAGAUUUUGACUACAUCGCUGAUUGGUGUUAAGUUCCAAGACACUGUGAAACUAACCAGACUGACUCAUAAGAAGACCUCUUAAGAAUAGCAGCCCUUCAUUUGCUUUCUGUGCCACCAAUAGCUCUGAACACGUGAAGAUUUGUUUAAAAGACUAUUCUAAUACCUUCUUGAAAAGUGGCUUUUUAAUGUAUUUUCAACGUAAAUCUGAGCACUGGAAACUUUCAUGGAGUUUAAACUGAGUGAACACCAGCCAUGAAAAGAUACAUGACAAAUUAAUAUUUGUGGAUCAAUAGCCUGUUUUUUAAAAAAGAAAGGAAGAAGCACUCUUCUACAGUACUUAGCUUUGCCAUAUGCCUACCUUAAGUGGAAGGAAAAUUAAUCAGUUAACUUCACUUAGCUGUUUUAUAAAGAGGAAAAAAGGGCUUGGAAUGCAAUAACUACUCACACUUAGAAUGAUUCUGUUUGAAUAAGGCAAAUAAAUGCUCUUAUAUUUUUUAAAAGAAAUUACUACAAUAUCAAAGAAUGUAGUUGCAGUUUAUGCACAUUUUUGGGGCUUGAUUUUUUUAAAAACAAUGAAUCGAUGCUUUGUUUUAUAAAUUUUGUAUAUUUAUUAGGAGAAGAUGUUUUUAUGGCCUUAUCUUUUCCAACCAUGUGAGAGAGCCUCAGAGCUUACCAACAGAGCUACUUGCCAAACAAUUUUUUGUUUAUUAAACAAUGCUGAAAUGAAGAGGAACAACUAAACGUCAGCAUUUACUUAAAAUUUGAUGUAUGAGAACUUCUGAUCAGCCUGAACUAAGAUACUGUAUUACCCGUAUGCAUUCCCAAAGUCUGCACUCAUGUAUGUUCAGUCAUGCUUUCUUCUAAAAUCAGAGAACUGAUUACCCCUUUUUUUAUAACCAUUCUACAUUUAUCAGCCUAGUUCAUCUUGUUCUUGUGUCUGCUGUAGAAGGUAACUAUAUUUUUGUUAUACCAUAGGGGUUAUCAUUGUAUACAUGCUGUGAACAUGUAUAUGUGCAAGUUGUAAUGUAUUCUAUGUUGUAGGCUUAUUAUUUAAUUUCACCACUUCAUCACUUUUCUACAGUGGCCAAGAAGACACCUCAGACUCCAGCAUUUACAUGAAGUGCAUUUGGACAUUUUAGGCCACUGGAUCCAGAUUUUAUAUUGGCAGUUACUAAGGGUAAAAGCAAUAUAUUGUAACAGAAUGUAUAAAUAUUUUUGAUAAAACAGUCUAUAUUUUAUAAAAAUUAUUAUAACACUAAAGCUGUACCUCAAAAGUCUCAAAAAUAAUCUGAUCAAAUACUUUCUACAACUCUUCAGAGGGCCAGUUUGUGGCUUUUUAAAAUUUUCAUAUAGGGAAAUCAUUUUGCCAACCAUGACUUUACUCUUACCUGAAGUUUUUUUUCUUCCUAGCCCGUGACUUCAUUUUUUUUCCUUAGUUUAGUAAUAACAUUUUUGAUCCUGUGCUUAGCAUGUUAGGAUCAUCAUACCUCAGGAACAGCAAGUUGUUAACCACCCAUACUGAAUUAACCAUUUAAUCACAGCAAGCUCAUCUCUUAAAAAUUGUUCAAGUUUAAAUCCUAUGAAAGCACACUGUUAUAGAGUUGAGCUAAAAACAUUUAUAAAAUAUUUCAGCUUUGCCAGGGUAUAUUCAUAAGUUUUUAUUGUUCUCCGAAGAACAAUUAAAAUUGUUCAGAGAUAAUUCAUAUUACCUUCCAAAUUGAUUAUUACCCCAGAUCCUGGGGGGAAAAUCCUGCAGAAAGAAGGAACAAUUUGUUCUUUAAAGUUAUUUUAGAAUAUCAGUUAACUCCCUUGGCAAACGAUAAAAGAGGAGCUUAGCUUAAUUUUCUGGUUUUAAUUUAAACAGUGUUAACUCAACAUUGGAAACCCUGGUGGGGGGAGUGGUUAAGUGCUACAGCUGCUAACCAAAAGGUUGGCAGUUCAGAUCUACCAGGCGCUCCUUGGAAACCCUGUGAGGCAGUUCUACUCUGUCCUACAGGGUCACUCUGAGUCUGAAUCGACUCGACCGCAAAGGGUUUGUUUUUUUUUUUUGGUAAUAACACAACAUUUUAAAAAAACACUAAAUACUUUUGAGGUACAGUCUGUUCACCUUUUCUGGUUCUCAAAUAUGCAUAGAAAGCAAUGUCCAAAAUAUGCUUUUAGCAUUAAAAACUGAGGUAGCAUUUUGUAAGUACACAGUGUACAGAAAUGUUUUUAAUUGAAGUCAAUCACUAAAAAAAAUUAGAGGGCAGGGUAUAUCCACACGAUUAAGCUGAAGAAAGCACUAAUUUUUUUUUUUUCUGUAGUUUUUAAAAUAUAUAUAUAUAUAUAUUUUAGUCAGAUUUAAAAUUUUAAACUAUCAAGUGUAAAUAUAUUUUGCUAUUACUAUAUGUGUAAGUGACUGCUCAAGCACUUUGUAAGAAAACUAGGAUAUUUUAGAAUGGAACACUAUGCAUUCAAAUGAAAUGUGCCUUUAUGUCAUUCUAAAAAAAAAAAAAUGUGUUUUGCAGUCAUAAAUUACCACAAAUGCACAAAUUAAAGUUUAAAUAGAUUGUAAUUUGUAACUUUGGUUUUAAGUAUUAUUUCCUUUUAGGAACUUCAUAUUGAUCAAAAUAUGCAUUACCUUUAUUAUGUUCAAGAUCACAAAGACUAAUGUCAUUUACCCUUCUUUCAAAUACUUUUUGUCCUAGGGAAGGGCCAUGAAGAUUCAGAGCAAAUUGUUCACCUCACUAGAGAUAAUGGGAACAGUUUAUAUUCUAGUCCUGCAUGGUCAUUAGCAUCUUUCAUUCAAUAGAUAUUUAUGGAAUACCUCCUCUGUGUUAAGCAUUUUGGGAACAAAGUCUUUAUAAGUGAAGAACAGCAUGGAUUAAUGCCAUCUAAAAUAUAAACACUGGUAUUAUAUGUACAUGUCUUUUGUUUGAGGUUAACUCACCUUAUUUUAGGGCUGAAUUUUGGGAAAAUAGAAGAAUAAAACAAUACUAGUCAUUUUAUAAUCAUCUUCUUAAAAAAUAUUUUGGGAAUAUAAAAUGAUCUAUGCUAUCCCUGUAACGAGGAAGCCCUGGUGCAGUGGUUAAGUGCUCAGCUGCUAACAAAAAGGUCAGUGGCUCAAACCACCAGCCAUUCCACGGGAGAUAGUUGUGGCAGUCUGCUUCUGUAAAGAUUUCAGCCUUGGAAACCCUAUGAGGCAGUUCUGCUCUGUCUUAUAGGAUCAUUCUUAGUUGAAGUCGACUCAGUGGCAACAAGUUUUACCCCUAAAACAAAAAUCAAGGACAUAAUGGAAAUUGCCAUUAUAGGCUGAUUAAGUAAAAGCUGUCUUAUAAAUUCAAAUCUAACAAUAUUCUGUCGGGCACUCCCUAUCUUCCCAAAGCAACUGAGGGUAGUAUGAGAAACUUGAAAAGAGCAAAUGCUAAUUCAUGGACCAUAAUUUUAAUUUAGAAUUCUUACCUUUCAGCCAUCUUUUGAGGUCUUGUAUUUCUCUCAGAUAUUGACCUUACACAUUAGUUUGAAGCGUAAAGACAGCGAAACUUACCAUUAAAAAGUAAAUAAUAAACUGCGCAUAUAACCCAAUGCCAUUGAGUUGAUUACAUAUAUGUAUAUAAUUAGAGGUAAGUAUUUCAAUGGUUUCUAAAUUUUAUAUGAAACCAUUAUUUUAUGCUUUUUAGUAUCACGAUUAACUGGAUGUUGAUUUUCAGUACCCAUAAGACACAUAAUUUAAGUAUUGCUGGUCACACUAAAGGUAAGAGAGACCUCCAAGAAUUUGUCUCCCCUAGAACAAACAGACAAACCUGAACAGGAGCCUGAGUAAACUAGGGCUUCGGCACCCAAGAGUUAGGGCAGAAGUUCUCAAGCACAAGGAUGAGGAUGCUCAGAAGUUGGCGCUGGAGGCUGAGUCUACAAGGGUAGGAGAGCUUAGGCCACAGCAGCAGGAAGUUGAAGAGGGUAAGACCCAGAAUGAUAGGGACCUGGUUUUGGACAUGCAGGCAGCCAGAAGGAGUGGGUUUGACCAGAGUGUGAAUUCAUAUAGCGAUACCACUGUAGAGAUAGCAAACCUUGGAGUAGCAGUAGGACUUAAGUUCUGUGCUAAAAUCUUCUAGAGCUUAGGUCCUAGAGUGCGUGACACCCUUUCACUGCCAGUAGAAGCAAACACUAGAGGAAAUCAUCUCUAGGAUGGGACCGUAGAAAUCACACAGAUUAAGAUCAAGUAAUAUGCUGUCAAAGAUCACCAAACAUAUGAAAGACAGCAAGCUAUUGUGGAUUGAGAGUGGAAAGAAAUAAACAUUAAAUAUAGACAUCCCCUCCCAAGGAUUGCAAAUACUAGAACACUCAGAUACAAAAUAUAGAAUAGCUAGACGGCAGUGGGUUAUAUAUAAAAUGUUUAAAUAACUAAAAUUACCAAGGCAAACAUGCAAAAUGAAUUUUCAAAGAAUUUUGCAAGCAUUUUAAAAAUCCAAAAAUGGAAAAUAUAAUUGUUCAAGUCAGAAACUCAGUGGCAAGGUUAAACAGCAGAUUAGACAUCUAAAGAGAGAAUUGGGGAGCUGGAAUUAAUCCAUAAUAAAGCAAAGAAAGAAAGAAGUACAGGGAUGGAAAAUAUCAAAGGUAGGUUAAAAGAUAGGGAAGAUAGAAUUGGAGACCCAAAAGAAACAACUAUAAAAAGAAUGGAGGAGAGGCAAUAUUAAAUAAUGGCUAAAGAUUUUCCAGACGUGAUGAAAAAUAUUCAACAAGUAUAAUAUUCUCCAAACAAGAUAAACAUAAAGCUAUGUAUAGAACCAUUGUAGUGAAACUGCAAAAUACCAAAGACAACAUCUUGAACCCAUGCGGCGAUAAAGCACUAAUUGUCUGCAAAGGAAAUAGAAACUAAUAGCUGACUUCACGAUAGCAACAAUGGAAGCCAUAGCAAAAUAUUCAGAGCAUUGAAAAACAAACUGUCAGCCUAGAAUAGUAUAGAAAGCAGUUGCCCUCAUUCUCAGGACAAUUAAAAACAUUUUUUAAAGGUAUUUUUCUAAAAGAAAUCCUAAAGAAUGCUCCAAGAAGGAAAAUGAUCCCAGAAGGAUGAUCUGAGAUACAAAAGAGGAUUGUGAACAAAUAAAAUUGUGAACACUUAGGUAACUCUAAAAAAACCAGAUAGUGAGCUGUCAGACAGGCAAGGAAGGAAGGUUUUUGUUUUUGUUUUUUUAAGUCAACAGAAAUUCUAGACAGCAGUAGUCGGGAAAUCAGAAUAGAGAUCAGAGCUGAAAUAUUCUAUAGUCCUUUUAUUGUUAGAGUGUCAAAGUAUUGAUUAACUUAAAACUUUUAAUUAAAUAUGAAUGAUAAAAUAUCAGGAAUAUUCACUAAAAAGAAUAUACCAUACUCGUUGCUGCUGAGUCGAUUCUGACUCAUAGCAACCCUAUAGGACAGAGCAGAACUUCCCCAUAGGGUUUCCAAGGAGCGCCUGGUGGAUUUGGACUGCCGACCUUUUGGUUAGCAGCCAUAGCUUUUAACCACUGUGUCGCCAGGGUUUCCAAAAGAAUAUAGUGUGUAUAAAUUUAAAACCAAAAGUAAAUCCAGAUUUAUCAGUAAUCACCAUAGAUGUAAAUGGAGGAAACUCACUAGGUAAAAGCAGGGUUUGUCAUGUUUGAUUUAAAAAAGAAAAUCUGACUGGUAUCAUAGACUCAUAUACCAGUUCCUGAUUUUAAAAAGAAUGUUUCCAGUAUUUCCUUAUAUGGGGUAAGGUUUUAAUGUUUGUUUUGUUUUUGGCAGAUAAAAGUAAAAUAUUGAAUUCACCAAUAAGAUAUAAUUCUAAGCAUUCUGUUGUUAGGUGCCGUCGAGUCAGUUCCGACUCAUAGCAACCCUAUGCACAACAGAACGAAACACUGCCCGGUCCUGAGCCAUCCUUACAAUCGUUGUUAUGCUUGAGCUCAUUGUCGCAGCCACUGUGUCAGUCCAGUCCACCUCAUUGAGGGUCUUCCUCUUUUCCACUGACCCUGUACUCUGCCAAGCAUGAUGUCCUUCUCCAGGGACUGAUCCCUCCUGACAACACAUCCAAAGUAUGUUAAGAUGCAGUCUCGCCAUCUUUGCUUCUAAGGAGCAUUCUGGUUGUACUUCUUCCAAGACAGAUUUGUUCGUUCUUUUGGCAGUCCAUGGUAUAUUCAAUAUUCUUUGCUAACACCACAAUUCAAAGGCGUCAACUCUUCUUCGGUCUUCCUUAUUCAUUGUCCAGCUUUCACAUGCAUAUGAUGCGAUUGAAAAUACCAUGGCUUGGGUCAGGCGCAUCUUAGUCUCUAGGGUGACAUCUUUGCUCUUCAACACUUUGAAGAGGUCCUUUGCAGCAGAUUUGCCCAAUGCAGUGCGUCUUUUGAUUUCUUGACUGCUGCUUCCAUGGCUGUUGAUUGUGGGUCCAAGUAAAAUGAAAUCCUUGACAACUUCAAUCUUUUCUCCGUUUAUCAUGAUGUUGCUCAUUGGUCCAGUUGUGAGGAUUUUUUUUUUUUUAUGUUGAGGUGCAAUCCAUACUGAAGGCUGUGGUCUUUGAUCUUCAUUAAUAAGUGCUUCAAGUCCUCUUCACUUUCAGCAAACAAGGUUGUGUCACCUGCAUAACGCAGGUUAUUAAUGAAUCUUCCUCCAAUGCUGAUGCCCCGUUUUUCUUCAUAUAAUUCAGUUCAUAUAGUUCUCAUAUGAGAAGCUGGACUAUAUGAAGAAGAAUGGGGCAUCAGGAUUGGAGGAAGCAUUCUAUACUUAAUAAAAUAUUCUCUAAAUACGAAAAGCAAAAAAAAAAAAAAAAGCUACUGAAAAAAACUGACACACACCCAUCACAGUGGGAGACUUGAACUCAUCUCCAUUUUUGAUAGCUUAAUUUUUUAAAAUCAGCAAAAGUAGAGACUUUUGGAAUAAAGCAAUUAACAACCUUGAUCCAAUGGACGUACAUAGAAUAAUGCAUACCACAAUUAAGAGACUCCACGUUCUUUUCAAGCACACUGGGAGCAUUUAUAAAAACAAGCCUUAAAACAAAUCUCAGAAAAUUACAGACUAUAGUGAUAUAAAUUACAUUUUCGAACUGGUUAGAUUGAAAAGAUUUUAAAUCUAUAAAUAUAUUAGAAAUUUUAAAAAUACCCUCUAAAUAAUGGAUCAAAAGAAGAAAUUUUAAUGAAAAUUAAAUACUUAGAUAAUUAUACAUAUCAAAAUUUGAGGGAUGCCACAAAAUUAAUGCUUUCUGGGAACUUUAUAAACCAGAUGCAUAUAAGAAAGGCUAAAGGUUAAAAUUGAUUAAAUUGUUCAGCUUAAGAAGUAGAAAAAUAAUAAAUGGAAAGGAAACAAACAAUGGAAACAGAAGCAAAAAUUGGUUCCUUGAAAACGCUACCAAAAUUGACAAAUCUCUGAAAAAAUAAAGAUACAAGCAUAAAUGCUAUCAUAAAUUAAUAUAGCUACAGCCAGGAUUUUUAAAAAUAAACUACUAUCAGCAAUAUUCAAAUAAAUUUGAAAACUUAAAGUAGUGGAGAUAUUCCUUGAAAAUAUAAUGUGUGAAUGCUAACCUGUGAAGAAACCAAAAGAUUAAAUAGUCUUACAAUUAUUAAAUAAAAGCAGAAGUUUAAAACUCUCCCAAAACAUUGAGCCCAGAUUGUUUUACAAGUGUGUUCUUCCAGACUUUGAAGGAAGAGAUUAUUUCAACCUCAUAGAAAGCUUUUGAGAGAAUGGGGAAAAUAUUUCCCAACACAUUCUGUGAAGUCAAUGUAAUCUAGAUAACAAAACAGACAAGGACAGUACAUUACUAGCAAAUUUCAUUCAUGAAUGUUGGUGCAAAAAUUCUAAACAAAAUAGAAAAUUAAAUUCCAUGAUGUAUUAUUUGGAUGCUAGUCCAUGAGCAAAUUAGGGUUAUCCUAGGAAUGAGCAAAUUAGGGUUAUCCUAGGAAUACAAGGGUGACAUUAUAAGUAAAAAUCUCUAAGUGUCAUUCACCAUAUUAACAGAUUUAAGGAGAAAAAAUAAUAGGUUAAGAAAAAAUCUGUCACAUUUCUGGUUAUAACAAUAAAACAAUAGACAUUCGCUUCCUUAACAGGUAAAUGGUGUCAACAACAACAACAAAAAACCUAAAACCAUUGACUUUAUCCCCUGUGAGGAAGCACUGGAAGUGUUCCCUUUAAAGUUAGGAAGAGGUCUACGAUGCCUGUCAUUAGUACUGCUUUUCAACAUUGUAUUGUGUUACUUUCAGCAGUAGAAAGAUUGAAAGGAGAAAAUAAAAUGAUUAUUAUUUGCAAAUAAUUUCCUACCUAGAAAACAAACUUCAAUGUGCUAGCAUUAAUAGUUUACUCAAGAUGUUGGAUAUAAGAUAAAGACACAAAUCAGUUGCAUUUCUGUGCACCAUCAACAACAAUUGGGAUACAUAAUUUUUUUUAAGACAAUUUUUGCA